CCCAGCACCAUGUGGCUCCUCCGGAUGCUAGAAUACUGCCUAGGACGACUCCUCUACCGCCGUCGCGGCUACGACGCCGACCUCUUGAUAAAAUCCGCGCCCUUCGCCAAAACCCGCAAUCCAACCAUCCCCCUCACAUCCCCAGACUGCGGCGCAUCAGGUGCAAAGCUCAGCGAUGAGUACUCAGCGUUUGGAGCGGGGCGCAUUCCCACACUCAAAUGGCCCGCCGCAUCUCCAAACACCAAAGAAUACCUUUUCUUAGCCGAGGAUCCGGAUGCGCCGCUCGGUCAUUCAAAUGUCCACGGUAUAUACACUUCGAUACCGCGGACUGCGACUUCGAUCUCACCAGCGGAUUUGGAAGUUGUGAAGGUUGAAGAGGAUGGGACGAAGGUUGUUAAGAGCGGAUGGCGGGUGGGGAAGAAUCGAAGGAAUGCGGUGUAUAUCCCGGCAAGACCGCCUCGAGGCCACGGUCCGCAUAGGUAUUAUUUUGUGUUGGUUGCGUUGAGGGAGAAACUUGGUCAUGGAGAGUUGUCUAAGGUGCCUACUAAGGAGGAGAUUGUGGGUGCUAUUGAUGGGAAGGUUGAGGAGUGGGGUGUGUGGGCGGCGACGUAUGAGAGCAAACUGUAGUCUUCCUGUUCAAAAGAUCGAGUGUUCCUGUGAUGGUAUUCGCUAUUAUUCUAGGCCAGGAAGCAAACCAGUAUUCAGCAGUGUUCAAUAAUGUAGGACCAGUCGUCCCAACAUGAUUCAUCGUGUUUUCCAAAAAAAUAAUAAUCACUGUCCGAUGAUAAUAAUCUCUGAGGUCCACACGAUAUCAUUCUGAGUACGAAUUCUGAAUUCUAAGUUGGAAAGGUCAUAGACAGGCGAGUAAUCCGAUCGACGCAAGUCCUGAUUCAUCGAUAAUUCUAGCUUUUCAUCUCUGCAUUUCCUCUUAAUCCCCAAUCGAAGCCGAAAUAUACCAGACACUGUCCAAUUACUAUUGCAUUUCAGGAGUUGAUAGUGGUACGAGGGGAAAGAAAGGUGCAGGCAAAGAUCGAUUGCGAACACAACGAACUUGAAAACAUGAUGUAUCCCUACGCGCAAAUGCAAAGUCCCUAUCUCGAAUCUCUC